AUGGCCCAGGGACGCACAGCUACUCUGCCGACGACCGUCCGGGAGGUACGAAAGCUCUGCCGCGCCAAUCUCUGGGAUGCACCGACAUCUGGAGUCGCGCCUGGUUAUCUUCAAGCCAACCUCAUCGUCCUACCCGCGGAGUUCGCCCCCGACUUUGAGAUUCUGUGCGCUCGCAACACCGUGCCAUGCCCAUUACUCGCCAUCUCCAAAGCACCCGGCGAUUUUACAAACUUCCAGUCUCGUAUGCCUGGCAUUGCGGACAGUCAAAUCGCUUUUGGCCUGGAUAUCCGUCACGAUCUUCCACGAUACAACGUGUACAAAGACGGCGUGCUGGUCGCAGACCAUAUCGACAGUCUCGAAAAGCACUGGGACCCUAAGGAUCACGUAGCGUUCCUCAUCGGCUGCUCCUUCAGCUUUGAAGAUGCUUUGACUAAAGCUGGCCUUCCCCCGGCGCACAUCGCCAGAGACUGCACUGUUCCCAUGUAUCGGACGAAAAUUCCUCUCUGUCCUGCGGGUGCCUUCACGGGGUCCAAGUAUGUCGUCUCCAUGCGUUACUACCAUGAAAGUGAAGUUUCACUGGUGCGCGACGUCACUAGAAGAUUUAUUGCCACUCACGGCGAGCCGAUUGCCUGGGGCUGGGACAGUUUGGAGACGCUGGGCAUUACCAACAUAGAUAGACCGGACUGGGGCGACCCGCCUGUUAUCGCCGACGACUCCGUGGUUGUCCGCAGUGUAGAGGAGCACAAGACGGAUGGGAUCGUGCCUGUUUUCUGGGGCUGCGGUGUGACGCCGCAGGAAGCGGUGAUGAAGGCGAGAAUUCCCGGCAUCGUGAUGGGCCAUGCUCCGGGACACAUGCUGGUGAUGGAUGUGAAGGAGGCGGAUGUAUUUCGUCCAUCAUGA